AUGGCGACCAUUCCUUCUCCUCACAACCUUCUUACGAUCAACAAGAAUAACUCCAUAAUCAGCCACUCUUCUUCUCCGUUCAAUACCAGUUCGUCUAUCAAUCUUCCGGCAAGAGGACUCGGAGUAGGCACGAGAGCUUUGUCGAGAACCAACGAUGCUUCAUUAUCCGCCGUGAUAUCGAGGCUCGAGCGGGAAAGGCAAGGAUUGGUCGACGAAACGGAAGGAGAUGGAGUCAUCUGCGAUGGUGUUGAACAGUGGAUUACGGCUGAGGAUUUCCGCCGGCGUGAUAAGAAAGCCGAGGAAGAGAGGAGUCUGAGAGACACGUGGCGUGAUAUCCAAGGAGAAUACGAUUGGGCAGGGUUACUUGAUCCGAUGGACCCGGUUCUUAGAUCGGAGCUGAUCCGUUACGGCGAAAUGGCUCAGGCCUGUUACGACGGUUUCGAUUUCGAUCCUGCCUCGAGAUACUGCGGCAGCUCCAGAUUCUCGCGCCACGAUUUCUUCGAUUCUCUGGGGAUGACCGAUUCCGGCUACGAGGUGGCGCGUUAUCUCUACGCGACGUCGAACAUCAAUCUCCCAAACUUCUUCUCGAGAUCGAGAUGGUCUAAAGUCUGGAGCAAAAACGCUAACUGGAUGGGAUACGUCGCCGUUUCCGACGACGAAGCCACGCGUAACCGUCUCGGUCGCCGUGAUAUCGCGAUCGCGUGGAGAGGCACCGUGACGAACCUCGAGUGGAUCGCGGAUCUCAAGGAUUAUUUAAAACCGGUAUCCGGAAACAAUAUCCGGUGCCCCGACCCGGCCGUUAAGGUCGAAUCCGGGUUUCUGGACCUGUACACGGACAAAGACGAUACCUGCAACUUCUCGAAAUUCUCGGCGCGUGAGCAGAUUUUAGCGGAGGUGAAGCAUCUGGUGGAGCUAUACGGCGACGACGAAGACGAGGAGCUGAGCAUCACCGUGACGGGACACAGCCUCGGCGGCGCGUUGGCGGUACUGAGCGCGUACGACGUGGCGGAGAUGGGGUUGAAUCGGAGUCGGAGCGGGAAGGUGAUUCCGGUGACGGUGUUUACGUACGGAGGGCCGCGCGUGGGGAACGUGAGGUUCAAGGAGAGGAUGGAUGAGCUGGGAGUGAAGGUGAUGAGGGUGGUGAACGUGCAUGACGUUGUUCCGAAAUCGCCGGGACUGUUUCUGAACGAGAGUGCGCCUCACGCGCUGAUGAAGAUCGCGGAGGGGUUGCCGUGGUGUUACUGCCACGUCGGGGAGGAGCUGGCGCUUGAUCACCAGAACUCGCCGUUCCUUAAAUCUUCCGUUGAUCUUUCUAACGCUCAUAACCUUGAGGCGAUGCUCCAUCUUCUUGACGGGUAUCAUGGAAAAGGGGAAAGAUUUGUGUUGUCGAGUGGGAGAGACCCAGCGUUAGUGAACAAAGCAUCGGACUUUCUAAAAGAACACUUUAUGGUUCCACCGUUUUGGCGUCAAGACGCGAACAAAGGAAUGGUGAGGAACAGUGAAGGUCGUUGGUAUCAAGCCGAGAGACUCCGUUCUGAGGAUCAUCAUUCUCCUGACAUCCACCACCAUCUCUCCCAGCUCCGUAUUCUCCCUUCUUGA